AUGGCCUGGCAGCCGGCCCCAGAGUCCUUGAGCCAGCUGGCCGCUUGCCUCAAAGACUCGCUGAGCGGCUUCGACAAGAAUGCGCAGAAGCAGGCAGAUUUGAUGCUCACCCAAGCAAAGGCGUCUCCCGACAUCAACAACUAUCUCGCCUAUCUCUUUUCCAGCCCCGAACCCCCCGCUGGCAUACAAUGCUCCGCCCAAGACUAUCACCUCGUACGGUCCGCCGCCGCCAUCAUGCUCAAGAACAAUGUGCGCACCGAUUACAAGCAGAUCCCCGAGAGCAGCCUGGCCCUCAUCAAGAUGGCUGUCCCUAUGGGUAUUCAGGAUAAGAACUCGCAGAUUCGCAACUUUGCCGGUAAUAUUGCGACCGAGAUCAUCAGGAGGGGCGGGCUCUUGAGCUGGCCCGAGUUGCUCCCCCAGCUCCUCAGCCUCAUCUCCAACGAGAACGGUCAGGUUUCCAACGAGGCUCAGGAGGGUGCCAUGUCUGCCAUGGCCAAAAUCUGCGAGGACAACGUCAAGGUACUCGAGCGUGAGCAUAACGGCCAGCGACCCCUCAACUUCCUGCUUCCCAAAUUUAUCGAGGCCACCAAGAGCGAGCUGCCCAAGGUCCGCGCCCAUGCUCUGACGGCCAUCAAUGUUUUCACCCCACGAAAGUCCCAGGCCAUGCUCAACAACAUUGACAACCUACUGUCUCACCUCUUCAUACUGGCUGGCGACCAAAACCCCGACGUGCGCCGCCAGGUCUGUCACGCCUUUGUCCAGCUUGUCGAGACCCGCCCGGACAAGCUGCAGCCGCACAUCGCCGGCCUGGUCGACUAUAUUAUCACCCAGCAAAAGAGCGACGACGAGGACCUGGCCUGCGAGGCUGCCGAGUUUUGGCUGGCCGUGGGCGAGCACGACGAUCUCUGGCGCGCCCUGACUCCCUACCUCGACAAGAUUAUCCCUGUUCUGUUAGAAUGCAUGGUGUACAGCGGCGAGGAUAUUGCCCUUCUCGGUGGUGCUUCCGAUGAUGAGGAUGAAGAGGACCGCGAGCAGGACAUCAAGCCCACGUUCGCCAAGAAGUCGGCGUCUCGAGCCGUCAACGGAGGCGAGUCUUCUGCAGACCAUGCCCAGAACGGCAACGCCUAUGAGAAGCUCUCGAGUAUGGACGACGACCUGGAGGAGGGCGAGGUCGACGAGCUUGAUGAUGGCGAUGAGAACCCCGACGAGCGAUGGACUAUGAGGAAGUGCUCUGCCGCCGCUCUCGACGUCUUUGCGCGGGACUUUUCUGACCCUGUCUUCACUGCCAUUCUGCCCUACCUCACAAGCAACCUCAAGCACGAGGAGUGGCAAUACAGGGAAGCUGCCGUGCUUGCACUCGGUGCCGUCGCUGAGGGUACUAUCAAUGCCGUUACCCCUCACCUUCCGGAGCUUGUCCCCUACCUCCUUUCCCUCCUCGAGGACAAUGAGCCUAUUGUCAGGCAAAUCACCUGCUGGACGCUCGGCCGUUAUUCGCAGUGGGCCGCCAACCUCCAGGACCCCAGUCAGAAGGCCACAUACUUUGAACCCCUCAUGGACGGCAUCUUGCGCAAGAUGCUCGACAAGAACAAGAAGGUUCAGGAAGCUGCGGCCUCUGCAUUUGCCAACCUUGAAGAGAAGUCCGGCAAGGUCCUCGAGCCGUACUGCAUUCCUAUUCUGCAGCAGUUUGUUCAAUGUUUCGCACGAUACAAGGACAGAAACAUGUACAUUUUGUACGACUGCGUGCAGACUCUGGCGGAAAACAUCGGCCCCGUGAUUGCCCAGCCCGAUGCGAUGAACCUGCUGAUGCCAGCCCUUAUUGACCGUUACCAAAAAGUCAGCGACGAUUCACGCGAGCUCUUUCCUCUGCUGGAGUGUCUUUCGUACGUCGCCAUGGCGCUGGGGUCUGCCUUUACACCGUACGCGCAGCCCAUCUUUACGAGAUGCGUUAACAUUAUCCACGUCAACCUCGAGCAGAGCUUGCAGGCCACUAACAACCCCUCUCUCGACUCUCCCGACAAGGAUUUCCUUGUCACGAGUCUGGACCUCCUGAGCGCCAUCAUUCAGUCUCUUGAUGAGCAGAAGAAGCAGGAGCUGGUGCGUGGCUCUGAGGGAUCAUUUUUUGAGCUCCUCAGCUUCUGCCUGGAAGACCCCCAAGAUGAUGUCCGGCAAUCAGCGUACGCUCUUCUGGGUGACUGUGCGAGAUACGUCUUCCCCCAGCUUGAGAAGCACCUUGCCUCAAUAUUCCCCAUCCUGUUGAAGCAGCUGGAUCUUGACAACAUCCUCGACGAGGAGAUUGACAGCGGCUUCAGCGUAGUUAACAAUGCCUGCUGGUCCGCUGGCGAGAUUGUCAUGACCAACAGCAAGGCCAUCUCUCCGUUCGUGCCCGAGCUUCUGCAGCGUUUUGUAGAAAUCAUUUCCAACCCUGGCGUCCAGGCGGCGGUUGUGGAAAAUGCGGCCAUUGCUCUCGGCAGACUCGGUCUCCACAACUACGAAAUCAUGGGCCCAUUGUUGCCGACGUUUGCCGAGGACUUCCUCUCCGCCAUGGAGCACGUCGAGUUCCUCGAGGAGAAGGCCACGGCAUUCAAGGGCUUCACCAUGGUCGUCGGCCAGAACCCGCAGGCCAUGGAAAAGGCCCUGCCCCAGUUCUUUGUCGCCAUUGCGCGGUACAAGGACAUCAAUCUGAAGAACCCGAUCAAGAACGAGCUGCAUGAGCAUUUCCAGAAGGCCAUCAACAUUUACCGGCAACUGAUUCCCCAGUUCAACGACUUUGUGAACCAGAUGCAACCUCAGGACCAGCAGGCGCUGCGUCAAUACUACUCCACAUGA